UAAACACCAUAAAAUCGAAAAUUACUUAAAUAUUUAAAUUAAAAAUGGCAAAUUUAGAAGAAAAAUUAAAUAAAUUUGCACUUGAAUUAUUUAAAAUUGAAGUAUUAAAGUUUGGUGACUUUAAAAUGAAAGUAGGCAUUAAUUCACCUGUUUAUUUUGAUCUAAGGUCAAUUAUUAGCCAUCCAAAACUUCUGGAUACAUUAGCUGAUUUACUUUGUGAAUUUAGUAAAGAUUUAAAAUAUGAUCAAUUAUGUGGAGUGCCAUAUACAGCUUUACCUAUUGCCACGCUCAUGUCAACUAAAAUCGAAAAACCUAUGUUAGUUCGAAGAAAAGAGCAAAAAGCUUAUGGAACAAAAAAAUUAAUUGAAGGUCGUUUUAAUGAAGGAGAACGUUGUUUAAUUGUUGAAGAUGUGGUGACUUCGGGUAGUAGUAUUCUUGAAACUGUUCGAGAUUUAAGAAAAGAAGGUUUGAAUGUAACAGAAGCCAUUGUAGUUUUGGAUCGACAACAAGGCGGUGCUGAAAAUUUACAAGAAGAUGGUGUACAAAUGCAUUCCUUAUUCACGAUAAAAUCAUUAUUAAAAAUUUUAUUACAACAUAAGUGUAUUGAUCAAGCUACAGUUGACAAAGUAGAUGUGUAUAUUAAAAAUUCGCAGAUACGAGCUAACGGCGAAAUGAAAAAUGGAGUAGAGAAACCAAAAAAUCGCUUACAUUUAAGUUUUACUGAUCGAUCAAAAUUUGCUCGAAAUGCAAUUACAAAGAAACUUUUUGAAUUAAUGGAAUCAAAAGAAACAAAUUUAUGUGUAGCAGUUGAUGUAACCGAUUCGACAAAGCUACUAGAUAUCGCUGAAAAUAUUGGACCACAUAUUUGCAUAUUAAAAACACAUAUUGACAUUUUAUCAAAUUUUAAUGUCAAACUGAUCCAACAGCUAAGAGCUAUUGCAAAAAAACAUAACUUUCUUAUAUUUGAAGAUCGAAAAUUUGCUGAUAUUGGAAAUACUGUGAAACUACAAUACACCGAAGGUGUUUAUAAUAUUAUUUCAUGGGCUGAUAUUGUAACAGUUCAUGCAUUGCCAGGACCUGGAAUUAUGGAGGCUAUUAAACAAGCUAUAGAAAGUAGUGAAAACGGUGCCGAACGAGGUGUAUUUGUUUUGGCUGAAAUGAGUUCAGCGAAUAACUUGAUCACCAAUGCCUACAGUCAAGAAGCCUUAAGAAUUGCCGACCAAUACAAAGAUAUUACUUGUGGAAUCAUUUGUCAAUCUAAAGAAUUAGUAUCGAAUCCAGGAGUGAUUCAAUUAACACCUGGCGUUCAAUUAAAUAAUAAAAGUGACGAUUUAGGUCAACAAUAUAAUUCACCGGAAGCCGUUAUUUAUGAAAAGGGAGCUGAUAUUGCUAUCGUGGGUCGAGCUAUUAUUACAGCAGAAAAUAUUAAAAACACAGCAGAGGAAUAUAGAAAAUGCCUUUGGGCCGCGUAUAAAAAACGUUUAGUUGCUGGUUAAAAUAAUUAGUUAUUUAUAUGUAAACUGUAGUAUUAUAUUGAUGAUC